AAGUAGGAAAAAAAGGCGAAAGUCUUUCACUUUGCGCGAUUCAUGUCUCCUCCUCCGACAUCUUUUCGAUCGCUUUACGCUUCCUCAUCUACUCAUACUCCGAUUUCUCCACCAAUCCGAAUCAUACCCUUACUUAAUUCAUUAAACAGAUUCUACGGUCUAUCAUUCUCAACCUCGUCUUUUCUUCCUUCAAAUCUAGUUUUCUCAACAAGGAAGCAGUCUCUCUGUAUAAAGGUACAAGCUUUAGCUGCUGAAACAGAACAGCCAAAAUGGUGGGAGAAGAAAGCAGGGCCAAACAUGAUCGACAUUACCUCAACCGAACAGUUUCUGAACGCUUUGAAAGAUGCGGGAGAUAGAUUAGUUAUCGUUGAUUUUUAUGGAACUUGGUGUGGUUCUUGCCGAGCAAUGUUCCCUAAGCUGUGCAAAACAGCGGAAGAACACCCUGAAAUCUUGUUCCUUAAAGUAAACUUUGACGAGAACAAGUCACUCUGCAAAAGCUUGAACGUCAAGGUGUUACCAUACUUCCAGUUGUACCGCGGCUCUGAUGGCCAAGUUGAUUCUUUCUCCUGCUCUCUCGCCAAGGCAAGAUGACAAACAAGGCGGAACGUUAACUGGUUUGCAAAAUUGUGGGUUAGACAUGCGGUCCUUAGUGCCUUUCCUGGACUUCUGUGACCAAAUCAAGAACACAAAUGUUUUAUCAAAGAGCAAAAGUUAACCUAGAAAGUAAGUUUCUUACAUAUCUUGUGAGCUUGAGAACUUGUAGUGUAGGAGAAUUCAAUAACAACACCAUAAGUAGAUUCCACCACUCGGUUUUACUAGUGUUUAGCUCCAAAUAUACAAGCUGAUCAAAGACAAUACGAUCAGCGCACCUAGUCUGCGGUACGAACAAACAAAAUAUGUUAAACUGUAUAACUGCCUGAUUUGUGCAAAAGUACACUGAAACAUUAGCCUUUUUUCAAGAUUAUAUACAUAUAGAGUUGCCUUCCAAAUUAUGAAUUUUUUUUAAUGAAAGUUCUUAUUAAAA